AUGCAGGCCAAUGUUACCCAGCUUGAGAUCAGUAUAGCAUCUAAAUAUCACCAGUCCCUGAUUGGUGCCAAAGGUCGCUUGGUACGCUCCAUCAUGGAAGACUGUGGUGGUGUGAUGAUUCACUUCCCUAAUGAAGGAUCAGGGAGUGACAAGGUCACAUUGAGAGGACCCAAGGAUGAUGUGGAUAAAGCAAAGAAACAGUUAAUGGAAUUGGCAAAUGAAAGGGCCCAGUCUAGCUUUACAGCUGAAGUACAUGCUAAACCAGAAUAUCAUAAGUUCUUAAUUGGUAGAGGUGGGACGAAUAUUAGAAAAGUACGUGACAGAACUGGUGCACGUAUUGUCUUCCCAACUUCAAAGGACGAGGACCAGGAGCUGAUUACAAUUAUAGGAAAGAAGGAAUGCGUAGAUGACGCAAAGGGAGAAUUGGAACAACUUAUUAAAAAUCUGGAUAAUAUUGCUGAAAGUGAGAUCAGUGUGGAUCCCAAAUUCCAUCGUCAUUUUGUAGCCCGCCGUGGUCAAGUAUUGAGGGAUAUAGCAGAUGACUAUGGUGGUGUUACUGUUAGUUUUCCUAGAAGUGGAACCAAGAAUGAUAAAGUGACAGUGAAAGGAGCUAAAGAUUGUGUUGAGGGAGCCAAAAAUAGAAUAUUAGAAAUCGUGCAAGACUUGGAAUCCCAAGUGACUGUUGAAUGUAUAAUUGACCAGAAAAACCAUCGCACUGUUAUGGGGGCCAAAGGAUCCAAAGUACAGGCCAUUACAUCAGAGUAUGAAGUAGGAAUCAAAUUCCCUGAUCGUAAUAUGAACAUGAAUGCAGAAAGUAAUGGAAAUAAUGGCAAUGGUGAACCCAUUGAACCUGUUGUCAAUGGCGAUGGCGGAAGUGAGAACAGUGAAGAUGAUAAACCCAAGAAAUGUGAUACAAUAAUUAUCACUGGCAAGCAGGAUAAUUGUGACCGUGCUAAAGCUGCUCUACUGGCCUUGGUUCCUGUAACAGAAGAAGUAACUGUACCAUUUGAAUUUCAUCGUUUCAUCAUCGGAGUUAAGGGUGCUGGUGUGAGGAGAAUGAUGGAUGAUCAUGAUGUAAAUAUUGCCAUACCACCUCCAGCACAGCAAUCCAGUAUAAUCAGAGUAACGGGCCCAGUCAACAAUGUAGAAAAUGCAAAGAUUGCAUUACUGAAUAGAGUUGAGGAACUGGAAAAAGAAAAGGAAGACAGGGUCUUGCGUAACUUUCAGCUGACUGUAAAUGUGAGUCCCGUACAUCACCCCAAGAUUAUUGGUCGUAGAGGACAAGUAAUAACUAAAAUUCGACAGGACCACUCUGUUAAUAUUCAGUUUCCUGAUAGAGAUAGUGAGCAAAUGAACACAAUCACAAUAACUGGAUAUGAACAAAAUGCUGAAGCUGCUAAACAAGCCAUCCUCAAGAUUGUUCAGGAACUAGAGGAUAUGUCGACUGUAGAAGUGAAAAUUGACCAGCGUGUACAUCCCCGUUUAAUUGGCAACAAAGGCCAUGCAAUUCGUAAAGUUAUGGAAGAUUAUAAAGUUGAUAUUCGGUUCCCUCGAGGCAAUGAUGUGGAUCCCGAUCUUGUUACCAUAACUGGAAUGGAGGAUGAUGUGCUUGAUGCAAAGGACCAUCUACUCAAUUUAGAAGAAGAAUUUAUGCAAGAUAUCACAGAGAGAUCAAUGUUACAACAGUACAUGUCUCCUCCAAGGUCUACAUCGGAAUACAGAGAGAAGAAUCAGCCAAGGGGCUUUGUUGUAAGAGAUGCUCCUUGGAACAAACCUCCUGACACCACCAGUACUCAGGAAUAUCCCAGUUUAGGCUCUGUUGCUGCUGCCCCUACAUCAGGAGGCAAUGCUCCAAGAUGGGGGCCAUCAAAACGUUAACAUGAUCCUAUAAUCAAACAUAUAAGACUAAAUAAAACUGCUCUUAAUCUUUUAAUUUUGAAAAUAUCAAACUGCUUAGUUAAUUGGAGUAUCGGAAAAGAAACUAUUUUCUGUACUUUAUGUUGAAACCUUGUGUGGGGGGUUUUAGUAACAGUUGAACUGGAUCGGGUUAGCAGAGAUGAGCUAGCUCACACUACAAGAUUGGUUGACUGUUACCAUUGCCAUGAUUGGUGUUUGCCAAAAAUCUUGGUACAUCCAGCACAUUAAGGUGAAUUUGUGUAAAUAAAUUGGUCACAAUUGUGAAUCUCCCUUUCAGUUGCAACUGAGCUAAUUAAGUUGUGAACAGAAUGUGGCUUUGGGAAUCAAACAAGUUGUACAACAAGCAUUCAUAGCAGUGUUUUAGUGUUUGACUAACCUUGCAAUACUGAGAGAAAUUUUUUGCAAUGUAAAGUAAUUGUCUUGCAAUGUUCUACGUUUUAAAUCUGUUUUUAUUUCUAUGCUAUCCUUUCCCAAUUCAAACUUGUCUAAACAGGUUCAAACCAGUUUUAAGAACAUUGUAUACAAGUGCAAUUAGAAUUAAUGCUGCAAUAUUUGUAAGAUAUUGCCUAAUACUGUUGAUUGCUGGCCUCAGUUUUGUUACUGUAAAUUGUCGUUGAUUCCUGGUACAUGAUGCUUUUUGGCCUUCAGAUUAAUUUGGUGCUUGUAUUAAAACAUGGGUAAAAAAAGGUUUUUAAUUGAAAUUAUUUUCAUACCCUUUUUUCCUCAUUCAUAAUUUCUUGGUGUUAUUGAAAACUUCAUGAUGCAUUGUGGGUAAUGUAUGUAUAGAUAGACUGGAUGUGGCAACACUGAAAUAUUUUAUAUAUAUGGGGAGGAGUGGGGGAGUUUUCAGAAUCUAAAUUGUUAGACGAUUGUGUUCUAUUUCUUAUUUUUUUUAAAUGUAGGGUUAUACAUCGUAUCUAAUUUUAUUUCUUCAGGAAAUGUUAACAAAAUUAUGUAUUACAAAGGAUUUGUUGUCUUGUGUCCAGUUAUAUUACACAACCAUCCUAAAAGUAUCUAUUUUAUUCCAGCAUGAUUGGCCGAUGGUUGUUGACCAAUUGUAUCCAUUGCUUCCAUUAAUGUUUAUUUUGAUGAAAUAGAAAAUUUCAAACUUGAUGUAUUAUCAUUUCACAUGGAGAUAAUAGUGCGUUUUAUUUUUUCUUUCUUUCUUUCUUUUGAAUUUAUAUGUCUUUAUUUUAAAUAGUAUUGGACUGACCUUAUGGCUUUUUUGGACCCUUAUGAACGGUAUAAUGACCAUACACUAAAGAUUACCGGUCAGUACAGAGAAUAUGGAUUAUGACUAUUAAAAUGUUAGUCUAAAGCAA